AUGUAAAACACUUUAUAUGACUUUAAAUAAGAUGAACAGAAUAUUAAAAAAAUUAUAGAUAAGGAGAUUAAUGCUAAAAAUUAAUUAGUAUUUGAUAUUGAUAAAUAUAAUUCCCAAUUUCAAAUUUUAGCUCAAGAUUGUUUGUAAUAAUGUGAAAGAAUUACUCCUCUAAAAGGAGCCAAAGAAUUAGUUGAAUGUAUAAUUUAUUAUAUCACUUGAGUUAAAGCAUAAGUAAUUAGUCAUGAAAAAGUAAUUGAAGCUGUUAGAUCAGCAAAUUUUGUAGAAAUUCAAAAUGUAAAUUAAAGGUUCAAAAGACUUUUUAAAGAAGUUUUAAAUCAAAUCUCUGAGCAAUUAGGUAAUGUUUAUAAAUAAGAAUAUUUGAAAAUAUGGAUGGAUUGUAAGAACUCUAAGGUCCUUUUACAAGAAAAAGAAUUAAAAUUAAAAAGUUCUGAGACAACUAUUUAAAUUCAAGAAUAAGAAUUAAUUAAAUUAAGAACCCAAUUUUCAUCAUAAAUUACAUUUUUAUAAUUAAACAAAAGACUAGAAUAAACUAUCAUAAAUUUAGAAAAGGAUAAUAAUGAAUUAAAAGAGAGUCUACAAAAUCAGACUAAAAUUUAUAAUGAUCUAAAAAGUAAUUUUGAAGAACUCAAUAAGAAGCAUAAUAAACUUCAAUAGUAAUAUGAUGAAGUAAAAUCAAAUUUUGAAAAGGAAAUAAAUCAAUUAAAGUCAUAAGAAUAAAAUUUGAUUAAAGCAAAUAAAGAUUUGAUUGAAUUAACUAACUAGUUGUCAAAUUAAGUGGAUAAGUAUAAGGAUUUAUAUGAAAUAUAAAAUUAAAAAAAUCUAGAUCUUAAUGAUUAGAUAAAAUAUUGGAAAUCAACUCAUUUCUAAAGAUUAGUUGAUUUAUAGUAAUCAGAAUAAAGAAUAGGAUCAUAAAAAGGAUAUCUCUUUAAAUAUAGAAGGGAAGUAUAAGACUUAAAAAGAUUCAAGCUUUAAAAUGAAGAGGCAUAAAAAGAGUUAUCAAAUGCUCGGUAAACAGUUCAUAUUUUAAAUCAAUAAAGUGAAUAAUUAAGAAUAAAUUAUGAAAAUGUGAAAACAUAAAAUCUUAAUAUAUAAAUUGAAAAAACAGAUAACUUAAAUCAAAUUCAAAUUAAAAAUUCUUUAUCUACUAAAAAAACAAAUAAUGAAUCAAAUUCAUUUAAUGAUACACCUAAAAAAGGUAAAUUUGAUUUUGGUCAAAUGAAGAAAUCUGUUUAAUAAUAGACUCCAAAAGAAGAAUUAACAUAAUUAAUAAUAAACAAUUUUAAACUUCCAGUUCAAUUAAAAUAAAAAAAUAGAAGCGCUAGUGCUUAAAAGAAUAUUUAGUUAGAUACUGAUUCCUCUAAAAAUAAUAUAGUUUUAACUGAGUAUGAUCAAAUGACCCCAUUUUUAGAUAAUAAUUUAUAAUAAUUUACAUUUAGCCAUGCUCAAAGAUUUCCUACCAAUAUGAAAAAGAGAAUAAGAAGAAUAAACACUGAAAGUUGA